AUGACUAACAGCUAUGUCAUCCCGGAGGAGUGUAGGGCAGCCGUCGUUGUCAACGAGGGUCCCGACUUUACCAUCAAGACCCAAAUGGUCAAGGUGCCAACCCCAGGUCCCGAUGAGGUUCUGAUCAAACUCAAUGCUACCGGUAUUUGCUACUCAGACAUCCACUACAUGCUUAACGACACUGGCGGUCCAAAGAUGUCAGUACGGGGUAUCUGCUCCGCUGGCCACGAGGGAGCAGGUGUGGUUGUUAAACUAGGUGAAAACGUGAAGACAUUCCAGAUUGGUGAUCGCGCCGGCGUAAAGCCUAUCUUUUACACGUGCGGAUCUUGCGAGCUUUGCUGGACAGGCAAGGAAUCUCACUGCUCAAAGAAGAUCCUCACUGGAGUGGGUGCUACUGGAACCUUCCAACAAUAUAUUGUUUCCCCGGCCCGAUACACCACUGUGAUUCCCGAGGGCGUUCCCGAUCACGUUGCCGGUCCCGCUAUGUGCAGUGCUGCCACCGCAUACCGUUCCGUCAGAGAGUCUGGACUCGCUGUUGGUUCGUUUGCCACGAUCAUCGGUGGUGGUGGUGGUGUUGGUAUUCAAGCUGUGCAGAUUGCCAAGGCUUUCGGACUACGACCUAUUGUUGUUGAUGCCGGAAGCGAGAAGCGUGAUCUGUCAUUGAAGAUGGGCGCGGAGCAUUUCGUUGAUUUCAAGGAAUUCCCCGAUACCGUUACAGAGGUUAUUCGUCUCACCGGAGGUAUUGGAUCACACGGUGUAUUUGUCACAGCCCCCCCAGCAUACCCCACAGCUGUGAAUUAUAUCGGUGCCCGAAUUGGUGGUGUUGUUAUGUGCAUUGGGCUACCUUCAGCAGGAUCUGGUCACACCAUCAAUGUGAACCCCACUAUGAUGAUCUUGAAGAGUCUGUCAGUCAAGGGAACAUUGGUGGGUACGAUGCAGGAUACAGAGGCAGUGUUGAAGCUUGUUGAGCGGGGCUUGGUGCGGGAGGUCUGCGAGGUCUUGCCCUUUGAAAAGUUCCCUGAGGCGGUCGAUCGACUCCGCAAGGGACAGGUUGCUGGAAAACUUGUGAUUGACUACAAUGCUUGA